AUGUCGUCUCCACAUCUGCCCAUGGACAGGACUGUUGAGGCUAAUCCUACAGACAAAGCCAACAAGCUAGUUGAUAUCCCCAAGCUUGAGCCUACUGGCAAUGUCAGUCAUCGAACUAUGCCACCAAAGAUCAGUGCUGCAAGAACACCAUCCAAGACAACUGGAGAGUCUACGAAAGUCCUCAUUGAAGAAUCAAACGACUCAGGCGUAUCGGGAAAUAGAACAUCUGUCAAAAAGCCCCCUAAGGAAGAUAGUUGGCUCGAAGCUUUUGGAUCUUUGCUCCUCGCCCUCAUCGUCCUUGGAUUACCUAUAGGGUUGUUUGCGGGGAUGUUGUGGUGCGCGGGUGUAUUUGAUAUGAUUGCCAGUAGCAGACCUCCAUCAACAGUGUCCGCUCCUCACCCCUCGCUAGCAUACGGAGUCAUCACAGUUACCGAAUCUCACUUCUCCACUGUCACCACUUAUCUGCCGCCACAUACCUCGACCAUUUACGAUACAAUCACAACGACGGUACCAAGUCAAACACCCAUCUCUGACUCUAUCAGCCACAAGGGCAGUCAUGAACAGACUGUUUCCACCUGUCGCAGCCUCGAAGAAUGUCUGAAAGCGCGUCGAGCUGAUCAAAUUCGACCACUAAUAUGGCAGUUGGUAUUUGAGGUAGUAAAAGUGAUAGUUGGGUGUCUCAUGUUCUAUAUAGUACUUAUUGGUUUAUUGGGGUGGUGUUGUGUCCCAUUGGGUAAUCGUUAA